AUGCCUUCCACUUCGUCAGGGCGUAUCACAAAGUCUCACAAGGGCAAGUUCUCGACUCCUCACCAAAAGAACCACCGGUGGGAGUCUUUCGCGACAAAAAUCUCGAAACUCAACGCGCUCGAUCCCCUGCGAAAAGUUCGUCGACACGAUCUCGAUGCCGAAGACCUCGAAUCCACAACCUCCUACUUCCGCAAUGGCCUGCAAAGAUGGGGUGAGCUCAACGUCUCCAAGGGCUUCAACGACUUCAAGAGGCAAGCGUUGCCCGUGAGCGAGACUCUUGCCCAGAUUCUGCACUUCGAGGAGAAGAUUUUCGCCUUGCUGGAGGAAUCACUGGCGAAACAAGACAAGGAGGCACUGGAGCCGGUGCUCGAACUCCUUACAGCGUUUGCGCAUGAUAUCGGCACGCGGUUUGAGAAGUACUAUGCGAAGUCUCUGGAUCUCAUCAUCGCCAUCGCGGGCAAACCCCAGGACGCCGACGUUAUCGAAUGGACCUUUGCCGCCCUCGCUUUCCUCUUCAAAUACCUGUCGAGGCUUGUAGUGCCGAAUUUGCGCCCAACGUACGAUGUCGUGGCGCCGCUCCUGGGCAAGGCUCGCCAUCCCCCUCACAUUGCGCGCUUCGCCGCCGAAGCAAUGAGCUUUCUCAUCAAAAAGGCUGCUGCGCCAGCAAACCGAGAGACUGCUCUUAUCGACAUCGCCAGUCACGCGAGGGAUGAUCUCCGAAGCAUGGUCGGCGAGCGCCAAUUCCAAUUAUACCAAGACGGUCUUAUGACCAUGUUCGCCGAAGCGAUUAAAGGCCCCGGUCAAACUAUCCACUCGACCGGCCCGGCCGUUCUCGCAGCGUUGAUGAAGACGAUACCUGAGACAGAAGCAGAUCUCACGCCGAAUACCACCUGGACCGAUCUCGUUUGCGGUGUUUUGACCAGCAUUACCCAUCACUCCAACGACGAGGACCUUGCUCCUGUUUUGGAUGCGAUGCAAGAACAAGUACAGGAAGCUUUGAGCGGGUCUAAGCCCGUCAAGGCGUGGAGGUUUGUCCCCCUGAUCCGGGUUCUUGGCACGGCGGCCGGUGUGCGACACGGAUCUCGAGUAAGCAACUGGAAUGCUAUGGUUGAGAACCUGACCGCGAUGUUGGAUUCGAUGGCGCAACACGCCCCUGAGGUAACGGAGGACAAGCUGAGUCUUAUUUGGAAACACGUGAUUGUCAAUGCUGCCAUUGUCUGGCAUCAAGCGCCGAUAGAUGCCCUGAUUCCCUCGAUCAAGGACUUCAUGACUGCCCUCCAGAGGGAGCGGCUCAUGAGAUGGUACAUCCCCUUCUGUGCCUACUUCUCCAACCUCGACUCGACGCGGUUCCGAAGUCUCUUCCAGACAUACUUCCAAAGGUUUAUUGUCAGCCACUGGUCCGACGGCCGUAAUGAAGACAUGCUCUGUGUUUUCUUACCGCGUAUGGUCCAAAAUGGUAGUCUACCUUAUCCGGGCGGGAAAGAGACUUGCAACCUUCCGCGAAGCUGGCAGGACCAGAUCGUGUCCAAGUUUGAACGCCUCGAGGCAUCUCCUUUCCCCGAACGCGGAGCGUAUGACAAAGAUCCCCAGACAUGGCGUGACAGAUGCCUGCCGAAGUACUCGGCGUUGCUGGAUCUGCUCUUCUCUACGACCGUCCACCCUUCGGCCAACGCCAAGAUCGCGGAACUCCUGCUUCGGAAGUUGAGGCUUGCACUCAAGCCGUCGUCCACGCUGGCGUCCGACGAGGUGCAUUUCAGUAUCAGUCAAGGCUUCCACGCCUACCUGCGCAUGAGCAAAGCAGCAGGCCCAGUCGACCCUGCAUUGAACCCGCUUCUUCGAGCUGCUUUGCCCAGAUUUAGCCGUUCAGUAGGCUUUUUGGAGGCAUAUCUCACUUACACCGAGGCCACAAAGAGCCAGCCACCACUUGCCGAACGCCAGAGUAGCGACAGUAGCGAGAGCUCGGCCGAAGAGGAUCCUGUUGUUCAGGCGCUCAUCGAGAAUCUGUCGGCUCCUUCUCACGAGCUUCGUCUCGCGUCACUCAAGAUCCUCCAACAAUUCGACUCAACCCCGGAUGAGCUCCAGUGCCACACCCUCAUGCUGGAUAUAGCACAGACAGCUAUGGACUUGUCCAGCCUGAGAAACGUUGCCAUGCAUCUCCGCAAACUCGGUCAGAAUUACUCACAGUUGAGCGAAAACUCGUGGUUGGCCAAGGCAAUCCCCUCCUUUAUGUUUGGCAUGUUGACAAUCAAGCUCUCGCCCCUGUGGGAUGACACUAUUACCGCACUCAAGCUUGUUGGCGAGUCCAAGAAGGGCGAGGAGGCCAUUACUGCGACUGCCUUCAACUGGCUAGAAACACCCUCCCCCAGAUGGUCUGGGCCAGGUGGCCAGCCUACGCUCCAGAACCGCCAAGCGAUCACCGACUUUGACUGUCGACAUGUGCAACAGCUUUGGGGCAUGGCAGAUCAUGUCGAGGAGGUGGUGAACAACGCCACCGAUCUCAUGCUCAAGUCAUUUGACGAACAACAACAGACUGUCGACGCUCACGCCAGUAAUGCGCGUGCGCAAGCUCUGAAGGUCCUAACCGCUAUGCCUCACUUCGCGGAGAAGCGUUCCCGCAAGCUUGUGCCGUCCUUCUUGGCCUGGGCCGAUGACGACGAAGACACCCCUGACAGCCAAGAGGAUGAUGAUGUCCAGAUCAAGGGCGAAGACUGGUCGCUCCAGGACCGCAAGGCGCUCAUUGGUGUCUUUGCUCUCUUCAUCAACCCCAAGGUACUCUAUCAGAACGAGAGGGUGUACCGCGCCCUUCUCCAUCUCAUGGAGAACGGUGAUGUGGAAGUGCAGAAGCUGGCCCUGAAGGCCAUUCUCGCAUGGAAGCAGGAUGGCGUACGGCCCUACCAAGAAAACUUGGAGUACCUCCUUGAUGAGGCCAGGUUCAAGAACGAACUCACCGUCUUCCUUCAGGGAGAGUCGACCAUCCGACCCGAGCACCGCGAAGAGCUGAUGCCUGUUCUCCUCAGACUCUUGUACGGCCGCACUAUCUCGAAAAAGGGUGUUUCUAGCGGCCGCCAUGGUCUGCAGGCUACCCGUUUGGCCGUCCUGAGAAAUCUUAACGUGGAAGACACGGGCAGCUUCUUGGACAUCGCCAUCGGUGGUCUGAAGGGUGCUCGCGUUAUCGACGAGUCCGGUUUCCGCGCCAGCUUGUUCGACAAGGAGAUUCUCCAUCCCCGCAAGCAGCUAGGUUUCAUGAACAUGAUGCUGCCCCUCAUUAACGAACUUGGCGCACAUGUUGGUCCUUACGUCGAGAGACUCCUCCACCCGAUUCUCUACUGUCUCAUUUUUGCUUGCCGACGACUCCGAGAGUCUGCCGCUGAAUUGGACGAGGAUGCCGAAGAAACGACCGAAGCCUCCCAAGAGUCUAUGCUCAAGGUCAUCCGGACCACCGGUCUGAAGUGCUUGAUCACACUGUUCCGCAACGCGCAGGACUUCAACUGGUCUCCCUAUUCGGAGCCUAUCGUCAACGAGGUCGUCACGCCCAGAAUCGACAAGCUUCCCGUCGAGACGGCUCAGUCGGUAUCCAGCAUCAUGCAGCUUCUGUCAACGUGGUCUCAGCUCCCCAGGGCUGCACUGUUCAUCUCAAUCAACAACCAGAUCCUGCCCAAGGUCAUUGAGUGUGUCUCCGUACCCAAGGGCAAGGAGAAUGUCAAGGUAUUUGCCUUGAGUAUCGUCCGUAACCUCGUCAAGCUAGCACAGGCCCCUGCCCAGGAGUCCGAGUUCAACGAGCUCAUCCGGGCCGAGCUUCUGGAUGCCAAUAUGGAGUUGAUGCUCAAGACGAUCACCACCACACUGGAGACGCUCACCAUGAGCAACGAGCUCCUCGAGGCCUGCAUCGAGACCAUUGUGGAGCUUUCUCCGCUUGUUGAGACCUCUGCGAAUGUGCACGAGACGCUCAAGAUUGCCACGUUCCUCCUAAACCAGCCCCCUAGAAGAGUCAACCCCAGAGCCAAGGGCAAAAUCCUGCUCAUCCUCGAGCGCUUUAUCACCAUUCUUGGCUCCGAAGAGGCCGAGGAGAAGACGGCUGACAUAGCCAUCUUCGAGACCCUGUCUUCCCUCUUCAGUUACUUCAAGGACAGGGACAACAGACAAGCCUUAGCCCGCGUUCUCGCCGCCCUCGCCGAGAAGGACGACACGCUUCAGGAAGUUGCCGAAGUUUGCAGUGACCUCAACUCUUUCGCGAAAGACCGCAUCGACGAGCCUGACUACGACAAGCGACUGGUGGCUUUCACUCGAAUCACCAACAAGGAAACCCCUUUCACUGUGAAGCAGUGGCUUCCUUUACUCCACAACUUGAUUUACUACAUCCGCUCGGAUGAGGAGUAUGGUAUCCUCGCCUCUAACUCUGCAGACAGCCUGCGCAAGUUCAUCAGAGAGGCGGCUUCCUGCACCGAUGAGGCUGCAAAGGCCGGUUUCGAAUCCCAUCUGAAGACCAUCCUGUUGCCCUCCAUCUACACGGGAGCUCGAGAGGAGUCCGCCACCGUCCGGCGAGAGUACCUGAGAGUGUUCGGCUAUCUUCUCUCGCAAAUGCCCACGUGGGAGCUCGUGGCUGAUAUGAAGGGACUCCUGGUCGGCGAGCUUGACGAGGAGACGUCCGAGCUGCCCUUUUUCUUCAACAUCCUCAGCCCGGCAACCUCACGACAGCUCGAAGCUAUCCGGAUGCUCGACACCGUCAACGACAGCUCGGAAAUUGGCAGCCAGAACCUCAGCCAGUUCUUCAUCCCUCUUCUGGAGCAUUUUAUCUUUGGUCGUGCAGAAGGAAGUGAUGACCAGGGCCUGGGCGCUCAAGCAACGGUCACGAUUGGCAAUUUGGCCCAGUCUCUGGAUUGGAAGCACUACCGCGUCAUCCUGCAGAGAUACAUUAGCUACGUCGAGUCCAAGCCCGACAACCAGAAGCAGGUGAUCCGACUCCUCGCCAAGUUCUGCGACGCCCUCAUCUUCGCUGUUGAACAGAAAGCCGCCGAGCCAAUGCAGGUGGACAGCGUGGAGACAACCUCACCUUCCGGCAAGAGACUCGUGCUCACGACACCCGCGCAAGAUAAACUCAGCAAGGAUGUCAACAACCUCUUCCUGCCUUUGCUGAUCAAGCAUCUGCACGAGAAGGACGAGUCCGAGGUCAGUUACCGUGUGCCGGUCGGUGUUAUCAUCGUCAAGCUUCUUAAGCUUUUGCCGUCUGAAGAGAUGGGCCAGAAACUUGCUGGUGUUCUUACCGACAUCUGCCACAUUUUGCGAAGCAAGUCCUGGGAUGCUCGUGAGAUGGCCAGAGACACUCUUGUUCAGAUUGCCUCGGUGCUGGGCCCGACCUACUUCGGGUUCAUCUUGAAGGAGCUGCGUGGCGCUCUCAAAAGAGGUUACCAGCUCCAUGUCAUGUCCUACACUCUUCACUCGAUGCUUCUCAAGGUCAUCCCCGAAUACCAACAAGGUGACCUGGAUUACACUCUGCGGUCCAUCGUGGCAAUCAUCAUCGACGACAUCUUUGGUGUCAUUGGCCAAGAAAAGGAUGCCGAGGGUUACAUCAGCGAGAUGAAGGAAGUCAAGGCCAGCAAGAGUCAGGACUCCAUGGAGCUCAUCGCCAAGUCGGCCUCCAUCAGCCAGCUCGUCGUCCUUGUACACCCCUUGCAAUCCCUCCUCAUGCAGAAGGUUGAUCUCAAGCUGGUUCGCAAGAUCGACACCCUGUUGGCGAGAAUAACCGCCGGUCUCCUGCAGAAUCCCGCCUCAGAGAGCCGUGACACUCUGGUCUUCUGCUACGAAGUGAUUCAAGAAGUCUACAAGAACCAGAAACCCGAGGUGCAGCCGAAAAUCGACUACCGUCUGAAGAAGUACCUCUACCAGAAGGGCGUCAAGAAAGAUAACCACGGCACAGCCGGCAAGUACACCUUCAAGCUCGUCAAGUUCGCCUUCGACAUCCUGCGGUCUGUGUGGAAGAAGUACGACAGCCUGCGAACCGCUGCAAACAUUGCUGGUUUUGUCCCCAUUCUCGGUGACGCAAUCGUGGGUGGCGAGGAGGAUGUCAAGACUGCAGCCUUCAGACUUCUCACGGUUCUGGCCAAGGUUCCCUUCAACAACGACGAAGAUGUCCAGCUGUACAAGGUCGCGGCCAAGGAGGCGACGAAGAGCAUUUCCAUGUCGACCUCGACCACCACCGAGCUUUCGCAGGCUGCUCUGAAGCUGCUCUCGGUUGUGCUGCGCGAGCGCAAGGAUAUUCCUGUCAAGGACGCGGCGAUCGAUAUGCUGCUCGGCAAGCUGAAGGAUGACCUGACAGAGACCCUUUAUCGUCAUGUCACGUUCAACUUCCUCCGAUCUGUGCUCGAGCGCAAGAUUGAGACUGCGGUCGUCUACGACACACUCGACUACGUGGGCACUGUCAUGAUCACCAACGACGACAAGGAUACCCGGGACCUGGCAAGAGGAGCGUUCUUCCAGUUCCUCAAGGACUACCCGCAGAGGAAGGCUCGCUGGGUCAAGCAGCUCAACUUUGUCGUCGCCAACCUGACCUACGAGCGCGAGGGUGGCCGUCUGUCCGUCAUGGAGGUCGUCCAUCUUCUGCUGAUGAAGUCCGCGGAUGACUUUGUCCAAGAAGUCAUUUCCACUUGCUUCUUGCCUCUCGUCAUGGUGUUGGCCAACGACGACAGUGAGAAAUGCUGCCUUGCUGCCGGCGAGCUCGUCAAGGAGAUGUUCCGCAAGGCCGACAAGGAGAGGACGCAGAACUUCCUGACGCUUCUCCGGUCGUGGGUUGAGCAGGAGGACAACCUUGCGGUGACGAAGCUGUCGUUGCAAGCCUUUGGCUUCUUCUUUGAGGCCAAGGAGCCUUCAUCUAAGCACAAGAAGGAGCUGGAGCUGGUUCUCAGCAAAAUCGGUGAGAUUGUCGGGACUGGCGACAUCCGCGUUGCCGACGAGGAACUCAUCAACACCGUUCUUCACGACGUCCAGAUCCUCACGGAGAAAUACCCGGCAAGAUUGCUGUCCUCCGAGUCAAAGGAGCUUUGGGGAGACGUGCGUGGCUGCCUGAUCCAUCCCGAGAACUCGGUCAAGCUGAGCACCACCAAGGUGCUGAGCACAUUCCUUGCGGACUACGCCGGCAAAUCCAACAAGUCGGGAGAGGCACUCAAGGGAUCGCAUGGCCUGGACCUUGAGGUCGAGGACCUCGAGGAGCUGGUCAGGGUGACCCUGUACGCUCUGAGAACCCCCGAGAUCGAAGACGCGCUCGCCGCGGAGAUUACGCAGAUCCUCAUCUUCCUCGGUCCCCGUCUGCCUGUCAAGGUGCAGAACGUGCCCGAGGCGGAGACGCUGGGAGACCGCGACGAGACGGCGGCGGAGGAGGACCGGAUCGACGAGCACCGCAAGGACCUUCAGUACCUGUUCUGGAAGCUCUCGUCGAUCCUGCGCAAGGACGUCCGGCCCAAGUCGACGGCCAUCACGCCCAAGACGGUGGCCAUGGAGGUGCUGGAGACCAUCUGCCGCCGCGUGCCGCAGGAGAACCUCGAGCCGUCGUUCAAGACGAUACUGUACCCGCUUCAGAACCUCACGGACCCCCACAUCCCCGUGCCCUUUUCGACGGACGACCUGUUCAAGACACGGCUCGAGACGCUCAAGACGCGGGCGCAUAUCCUCAUGGACUCGCUGCAGAAGAAGUUCGGCACGGCCGAGUACACCAAGCAGCUGCUGGCGAUCAGGGAGGAGGUGCGGACGAGGAGGCAGCAGAGGUCGAGCAAGCGCAAGAUCGAGGCGAUCGCGCAGCCGGAGAAGUACGGCCGGGAUAAGAGAAAGAAGACGGAGAAGAAGAAAGAGAGGAAGAAGGUCCGUAGCCAUGAGCACAAGCAGCUCAGACAGGCGUACAAGGGGUGGUAA